CAAAUUAAGGACAUAAAUAAUAUUAUAGAAAUGCUUAUAAAAGAAUAUUUUAAUAAUGCACAUGAAAAUUCAGCCAAAAAUCUUGAAAAAGAACUUAACGAAUUAUUUGAACUAUUGCAAACUAUCGAAUUGGAUCGAUAUCUUACUUUACGUGAAAAAACUAUUAAGUCUAAUGGUUUUUUUCAAAUGCUUUUUAAAUAUAAUGAUUAUAACUUUAAACAAAUAACAAGAGUUAGCAAAGAAACAUUUAUGCAUUUAGAAAAUCUUAUACAUGACAAUCCGGUUUUUUUAAACAAGUCUGAACAUUUGCAAAGACCAGUUUGGCAACAACUUGCAGUUACCUUAGAAAGAUUAGGUUGUAAUGAAAAUAGUGCUUCUAUUGGAAGAUUCGCUAGACAAUGGGGUUUAGGAAUUGGUACUGUGGUCGAAUAUACAAAACGUGUAAUUACAGCUAUAAAUUCAAUUGGAAAUGAUUAUGUUCAGUGGCCAAAUUUUAUUGAAAGACAACAAAUUAGUGAAAGAAUGGAAAUAUCAUCAGGAUUUAAAGGUUGUAUUGGGUUCUUGGAUGGGACAGAUGUUAUACUUGAAUAUAAACCAAGUAAAGAUGGAGAAACUUAUUAUAGAUCGGUUACAGAUUCAACUGCUUAUAAAUCAACUCCACUUUUUCAAAAUACUCAAAAUUUUUUUAAAGAAGGAGAAUAUUUAUUAGCUGAUUGUGGUUAUCAACUUACUUCAACGACAAUUAUUCCUUACAGACAACCCUAUGCAAAUAUUCCUGAAAAUGCAGUUUUUAAUGAAUUACUUGCUAAAGAACGAGUUAGAAUUGAACAUGUUAAUGGAAUUUGUGAAAGGAAGAUUUGGUUGUUUAAAUGGAAUAAGAACUCAAAUUUCAUCUGA